CCUAUUUCUCGAUCACAUGAUAGCUUCCAAAAUGGCGGAUGUUAUCAUUUGUUGACGAGAAAGAUCAGCUGAGUGUGACUCUCCAAGUUUGAGAAGGACUAUGAGAGUCGACAUGGAACAAUUGCGUGAUCGCGAUCGACAGAAAAAUAGUUCGCAGUUUCAUGGGAAUGACAAUAAAAGAUCGUCAGAUGAUGUCCUUUCUGUGGGUUCGUGGUCCGAGUUUUGCGCCGGUAGCGGUAGCCUGUCACUGUCAUCAUCAGCAGAGUCUGGCUCUCGCCCGGGCUCGUUGUCAUCACGUCAAGGUAGUGUUAGCAGCCUGAGUAAGAAUAGCCCAGCUAGAACAAAGUCAUUGUCACAGGAUAUGGGCUUUACCAGUACAAGAUCCCCUGGUUCAAGUGCACGUAAGUCGGCUCAUUCUGUCACCAGUUUGCGCCAUUCAGCGGAGUCAAUUACUGCUGGUGCUACUGCCACUACAGCUACUGCCGCUACCGCUACUGCUACUGCCUAUGGGCCUGCUGCUGCUGCUGGUGCCAGCAAUAGUGUAAGUGAUGGAAGAAACAGGUAUUCAGCACCUACCAAAGGCAGUCCAAGACUUUCACUGUCUGAAGAUUCUGAUGGACAUUCAGGCACAGGUCCUCAAAAUGCCAACAGGCAUUCAGCUUUUCGUGCAAAUUCUUCAGACUCAAAAUGCACCCCACUGCAGACGAAACAGUUUGAGUCAUGGAGGUCUAGUCAACAAACAGAUCUACAGCGACAGCAACAAUUGAUGACUACGAUGGCACCCACCCAGAAUUUGUAUCCCAUUCUGGAUGUUGUGGCAAAUAAUGUUACUGAUGGAGAUAUUCCUGCAUUUACAAACAUGGGUGGGACUUCUUUGACAAAUUAUAAUGCACUUCCAGGAGGACAACAGACUGGUUCAGGUUCAAGACCCAGAUUCUUCGAUCCAUAUAUAUUCAAAGGUUCUAGUGGACGACAGCUUAAAAAACAAAACCAGUCUCGAGGCUGCCACCAAAUACCAAACACAAAUUCUAGCUCGUCAUACCCACCUAGUACCAGUAGGAACCAAAUUGAUGAUGGAAAUGUGACCAGAGACACACAUCACCUCAUGAACCAAAUGGAACAGACAAGUCUUCAGGGCUCUGCUUUCAGAAGCCAGCCAAGCAUAUCAAAUGUGAAUCAUGAUCUCAGUAGGUUACCAAAAUCUUCCAGCAAUCUAGACUCUAUGCGGGGUGUUGAACACCGCCUCGAACCAGACAACGUGAAAACUAAGCUCAUGUCCGCUUGGAACAAUUUUAAAUAUGGAUGGACCCUGAAGACCAAGUCCUCCAUGAAAUAUGACACUCCGCUGUACUUGUUGGGCAGGAUUUACCACAAGAGACGAGAGGAAGAUUCCCAGGAAAGCACCGAGGAGCAUGAGUUCCUCAAGCACUUUUGCAGCCGUGUGUGGCUCACCUACCGCAGCAACUUCUACCCUAUCCCUGGCACACGACUCAGCAGUGACUGUGGCUGGGGCUGCAUGCUGCGGAGCGGUCAAAUGCUGGUUGCCCAAUGUCUUGUCACUCACUUCCUAGGGCCUGAUUGGCGUCUCCACAAUCAGCAAACAAGGGAGGAACAGGCCUACCACCGAGAGAUCAUUCGCUGGUUCUCAGAGCCUGUUGAUGGCGCACCGUCUGACAAGACUCCAUUCUGCCUGCACAACCUGGCAAACUUUGGCCGACAGCACAAGAAAGAACCCGGCGAGUGGUACGGCCCGGCUUCUGUCGCAUUCAUCUUCAGGGAUGCCUUUGAAAAGGCGAGCCAGUCCUUACCCAUUCUCAGUCAGCUGUGUCUCUAUGUGGCUCAGGACUGCACAGUGUACGUGGAUGAUGUCCUAGAUCUAUGUACAGCACGCAGCAAGUCAGGAAGUAUGGGCAGUUCAUUUGACACAGGACCAGACCCUGACAGUAGUGAGGAGGUCGCUGGUGCACAGUGUAGCUCUCUUCACCCACGCAGGGAUGCAUCGUGGCAGCGCUCACUCAUUAUUCUGGUCCCCAUGCGUCUUGGAGGGGAAAUGCUCAACGACAUCUAUGUUCCCUGUGUGAAGAAACUGCUGAGUCAGCACAAUUGUAUGGGUGUUAUUGGUGGCAAGCCAAAACACUCACUGUACUUCCUGGGCUAUCAAGAAGACAAGCUGAUCUACUUGGACCCACACUAUUGCCGUGACGCUGUGGACACACGAGGAAACGACUUUAAGAUCGAGACGUACCACUGCAUGUCGCCACGGAAACUGUCUUUCUCCAAGAUGGACCCCAGCUGUACUGUAGGCUUCUACAUCAAGAAUGAAAAGGAGUUUCAGGCAUUUCGAGAAAUUAUACAAGAGGUGGCCUCCCCUCCCCAAGACCGAGCCUCGUAUCCGAUGUUCAUCUUUUCCGAGGGCAGCCACCGAGACGCUCAUGGGGGUGACUUAGACAGUGGGAGUGUUGACAAGGGCAUGGUCAAGGUCACACACUAUCGCAUCGAUGCCAACGGCCAGAAGAUGCGGGCCUUCUCCAAAGAGUCGGAAGAUUUCAUCGUGUUGUGAAAGGCAGCGGAGUCGUGGCAUAGAAGUGUCAGAGGAGGCGCUAAGGGACGCUGUUGCUGUGCACGCAUUCUCAAUAGUUUCAUGGGUUUUAAUUGUGUUGUUGUGAAUGGUUCUCUGACCAAAAAAAAACUCAGUGUGGAGUGAGUACCAAAGAUGAGAUGCUCGUGCACUGUGUGUGUGUUACAGGAGUACACACUCACUUAAUUGUUCCUGGGAGCAAUAUUUUUCAGGUUUUGUCUCCAGCAUUCCUUGAGGCCUUUCAAGCCUUCACAAUGUUUUCUGUGGCCUCAUAAAGUGAAUUCUUCUCUACAGAAAAAGAAACUCAAUGGCAAAGACAUUUGUUGUUUGACAUACCACGACUGGUGAUUGCUUUCGGCUUUGGUCGUUGUGGUUCAGGGUGAAAUGACACCAAUGACAGUGCAAUGGCACCAGGUACCUUGGCACGGCAGAUGUUGUUCUGACAAGUGUCUGCCAUAGCUGAUGGCCAUUGCAGUUGUUGCUAUUGUGGGUUUUGUUGUGUUGGAUGUCACUUUGGCCAGAGCUGCAAGAUGUGUCAGGUCAUCACACUGUCAUAGCUACCAACGAGCGAUGAUAUGGCGAUGGCCCCAUCAUGGCAAGCCUCACUCUCACUGGUGGGAUGACUGUGGAGUUUGCGAUGUCAUUACAGUUCUUUGUAGCAGAUUCAUCACAACAUGUACCCUGUGCUGGGUUUGUGAUGGGUGGUCACCUCAACAUGUAGGACAAGCUCACUGACACAGGUGAUGACGUCAGCUGGCACAGUGGGACUUUCUGGUUGACAUGUCAUCUGAAUAUGUGGCAGUAUGGAAACGACAGCUACCAGUUACCAAAUGAAGCAGGCACAGUAAACAAUAAAAGUAAAACAGUAAAAA